CAAUAAAUAAAAAUGCCUUAAUCUUUCACGUAAAAUUCCCCCUUCUAGUUUCUCUUCUCUCACUCAUGGCUUCCAAAUUCCGCAUUAACCAGCUCCGAGCUCUAAGCUCCACCGUCUUCCAUGGCAUCGGAGAUUCCCGUUACCAACAUUCAAUUCGAGCACCACGAAAUCUGUAUCAUAUCAGGCACUUCUCUGACGCCUCAUCGCCGCAGCUCUCUCCCGCCGGUUCUUCUUUAGCACCGCCUCAAAAUGCUGAGCUACAAACUGCAUCUCGACCUGAGAAAAUAGACAGAAACGCUUCUACUACCUCGUCUGUGAAUCAGCUCGAGCUUUCCAAAUUCGCCGCCAUUGCUGACACCUGGUGGGACUCCGAAGGGCCAUUUAAGCCCCUACAUGCGUUGAAUCCUACAAGAGUCUCAUUUAUCAGAUCCACUCUUUGCCGUCAUUUUAGGAGGGACCCUUGUUCAGUUAGGCCUUUUGAAGGACUGAAAUUUGUUGAUGUUGGUUGUGGUGGUGGAAUUCUCUCUGAGCCUUUAGCUCGAAUGGGAGCAACUGUGACAGGAAUUGAUAUUGUGGACAAAAACAUCAAGAUUGCCCGUGUGCAUGCUGACCUGGAUCCUGUGACAUCAACAAUUGAAUAUUGUUGUACCACAGCUGAAAAUCUGGUAGAGCAGCGAAAGGAGUUUGAUGCUGUCAUCGCUUCAGAGGUAAUCGAGCAUGUGGCAGAUCCUGCUGGAUUUUGUCAGUCCUUGGCAGCAUUGACAGUGCCUAAAGGAGCUACAGUUAUUUCUACCAUUAACCGUUCUAUGAGGGCAUUUGCAACCGCCAUUGUUGCAGCAGAAUACAUUCUUCGUUGGCUUCCUAAAGGUACGCAUCAGUGGUCGAGCUUACUUACCCCUGAAGAAUUGGUUCUGAUAUUACAACGCGCCUCUAUUUCAGUGGAAGAGAUGGCCGGAUUUGUGUACAAUCCCUUAACUGGCCAAUGGUCCCUUUCAGAUGAUAUCAGUGUAAAUUACAUCGCGUAUGGUACAAAAAAUAGCCGGCAAACUGACUAACAAAGGUGUGUAAUCUCAAUUCUCAGUUAGCUUCCCUCUAGGCAUUCCCUCAAACACUUAUGUUUUUCUUUGUGGCAUAUGAAACUUAUCAAUCUCAUAUUUAAGCAAUUUGCUUGAGCUUUGUGAUCUUGGCAGGCUCCACUUUUAUCUUACUUUCUUCAAUAAAUCUCCAUUUUGAGCAGAAGGGAAGAAAAAUAUGUUGUGAAUUGCACAUUAUUAUUGAUUAUUACUCUUGAGUGUUUGCUUCACUAAAAAGAUCUUAUAUUUGCUUU